AUGGGUGUCGCAUCAGACGGUUUCACCAGCCAAUGGUCAGCGAAGAUAGCUGCCCUCCGGGAGUCCAGGAAGCUGGUGCUGGUCAUCGUGGCUAUCGCUCUACUCCUUGAUAACAUGUUGCUGACUACAGUGGUACCAAUAAUACCGGAGUUUCUCUACGACAUCAGACACCCUGAUGCACCGCUCUCCAUGUCUUUGGAGGAUAUCACGUUACCGCCCCCCUCACCCACACCGUACUGCCCCUGUAUGCAGCCCAACAUUACAAGCAUACUGCAAAAUGAUACUCAAACACUAAACCUGACAGCACAGAGAGAGGAAAGACAUCAGGAGCUGAUUCAUGAGACUGUGGCCGUUGGUGUGAUGUUUGCCAGUAAGGCUCUGGUGCAACUCCUGGCUAAUCCAUUCGUUGGACCACUCACCCAUAAGAUUGGCUACAGCAUACCUAUGUUUACUGGAUUUAUCCUGAUGUUCCUGUCCACUCUAAUCUUCGCCUUCGGCCGUUCAUACUCGGUGCUCUUCAUUGCUCGAGCGCUGCAGGGCAUAGGAUCCUCCUGUUCCUCUGUCUCCGGGAUGGGCAUGUUAGCUGAAAGAUACCCUGAUGAUAAGCGUGGUCAGAUAAUGUUCCUUUACGAGCGAUUUGAAAGUGACAAGGGACUGUGCUUGUCUAAUGGAGACUGGUGGAGCAUUCCACAGUCGAACAGCUUGCAGCACAGCCAGGAACGAGGAAAUGCAAUGGGUAUCGCCCUAGGUGGACUGGCCCUGGGUGUCCUCAUAGGCCCGCCAUUUGGAGGUCUUAUGUACGAGUUUGUUGGAAAGACCGCACCAUUCCUGAUGCUGUCCGCUUUGGCAUUAGGAGACGGAUUACUUCAGCUGAUGAUCUUGCAACCAGGCGUGGUGCGCCAGGAGUCGGAACCACCUUCUCUGAAGGCCCUGGUCUCUGACCCUUACAUCCUAAUCGCCGCAGGAGCCAUAACCUUCGCAAACGUUGGCAUUGCCAUGUUGGAACCCAGUCUUCCGAUCUGGAUGGCUGAUACAAUGGAAGCUCGACGCUGGCAGCAAGGAGUCGCCUUUCUACCAGCUAGCAUUUGCUAUCUGAUUGGAACUAAUCUGUUUGGACCUCUUGGACAUAAGAUGGGACGAUGGCUGGCUGCUUGCUCUGGACUCAUUAUCAUUGGACUAUGUCUCAUCUUGAUCCCGAUGGCUCGUAAGCUGGAACACCUGAUUAUCCCCAACGCUGGUCUUGGCUUCGCUAUUGGCAUGGUAGACUCCUCCAUGAUGCCCGAACUUGGUUUCCUGGUCGACAUCCGUCAUGCUGCUGUAUAUGGAUCCGUGUAUGCCAUUGGAGAUACCGCUUUCUGUCUUGGAUACGCCGUUGGACCGGCCCUGUCAGGAGCCUUGAUGAACAGCAUCGGCUUCGAAUGGAUGCUGGUCAUCAUAGCUGUGCUUAACUUCAGCUACGCCCCGUGCCUCCUGUUCUUGAGGUCGCCACCGGCUAGAGAUGAAAAACAGAGCCUAAUAAUAAGCGACAAAUCAUCAGUCCGCUACGUAAGCUACCAAAACGAAGAAGAAGAAUAA